GCAUUACUUGCGUUCGUGCGCUCCAACAAAGAUCAUUGAAAAAGAUUUUAUAUACGUGCUCCUUGCAGCUGGUCUUUUGGGUUUUCGGUGUUUUUUUGUUAGUUAUUUCUUUUCCAACGAAAAUAUUUUGGUUUUAUGAUACACUACAUUGAGAAACAAAUAGCAGAAAUGUGAGUGAGGGAAAGACAAUGAGCGUGGACCAAACGUUGCUGGCCGUGCGCACAGGGCAACUGUCGGCCGUCAAGCGCGCCAUGGCCCGGGGCGAGCUAGACCGCAGCCUGCGGGACCCGUACGGCGCGACGUGCCUGCACCUCGCCGCUCGCUCGGGCAACUUGGACCUGGUGAGGUUCCUAGUGGAGGAGGCAGGGCAUUCGACGAUAGCUACGGCCCAGAACGGUGCUCUCCCCAGCCACGACUCGGCCGCGGCCGGACAUCAGAGCUGCCUGGAUUACUUGUUGCGGUGGGGUUGCCCAGACCAAGCCAGGGAUCACAGUGGAGCCACGGUGUUACAUCUCAGCGCAAGGUUUGGCCACCUCAAUGUCCUUCGCUAUCUGGUGGAGGUCCGAGGCCUCAGCAUCAGGGAUAAAGACAAGAAAGGGGUCAGCGUCUUGCAUUAUGCCUCAGCCAAGGGGGAUCUAUCCUGCUUGAUGUACAUCCUCACUACUGUGCCUGACAUGGUGAACGAACGGACGGAGAGCGGUGCCACGCCAGCUUACUUCGCUGUCCAGAACGGUCACCUGUCCUGCCUGCAGCACCUUGUGACUGCAGCGGGCGCCAACGUGCACCUGCGGGCGAACGACGGCAUGCAGCCGAUCCACGCCGCAGCACAGACGGGACAACUGCACUGCCUCAUAUGGCUGGUACAAGACCAAGGCGUCUUGCCCAUGGAGCGAGACAAUGACGGCGCAACGCCUUUACAUUUUGCCGCCAGCCGGGGUCACGCGGGGGUCGUGCGCUGGCUCCUGGAUAACGGAGCUGUGUGUGAGAGGGACCACUUAGGCGGGACACCGCUGCAUGACGCUGCUGAACAUGGCCAAUUAGAGUGUGCUAAGAUCCUGGUGGAGCACGGCUGCGAUGUCAACUCCGAGGACAAAGAUUUCCUAGUGGCGUCGGACCUCGCCAAGAAAUGCGGCCACUUCCAUGUCGCCAAGUUCCUCCGAAGCAUUGAGAAAAGGACUGGUAAAGCAAAGGGCAAAGGUCAAAGUGGCCACACCCCUUCUGACCACGAGGCAGGCGUCUACGUCAAGCACAGUGUGUCGUCACCAACCAACACCUCCUCAUCUCUAUCCUCCUCUGCGCUAUCCGACCACGACAGCUUAUCCUCCGUGGGAACCAUUGAGAGGGAGUUUGUCGAUCCCCCCGGUCGUUAUCAGGUCAUCGAUUCCCCUGAACCCACCCCGGAUCCCCAGUACGUGCAGAUCUAUGAGAAACUGACAGAUGUGGGUCCAACAACGUUUCAGGUGAACGGCUUCCGGGCUACGCACAAAACUGCGGCUUCUCCUGAAGGCAGGGGAAGCAGGAAUGGGUCCGAAGGGCUGAGCAUUCCGAAGAAAGUGACGGAAGUUUGCAGUCAGGGAACUCAAACGGAAUGCCCGGAACCGCGGGUGGAAAAUGGCGCGGAAGAUGGCCUGGAAAAUGGGAAAAGCCAAUGGGAGUCAGAUCACAAAGGGGCGGCGACAACACCGCCCGUGGUUUCACCAAAGAAAAGUAUCCGCCGGCAGAGUGCCACGGAACAGUCGGUGAUAAGCUCCUCACGCAGGGAGGCGUGGAUAGAAACAAACCAUGCUGCUGUCGCUGGGCGACCACCUCGUGCACUCAAACCCUCCCCGGAUAAGAAGGCGCUGCGAUUCAGCACCACCGUGAUGGUAGAGGAGAUUGCGCAACAGGAGGAGGAGGAAAACCCAGUCAGCCCGACAAAACGGAAUGUACAGUUGAUCCCGUUGAACAUGUCCUCUGAGGCAAGACUGCAAUCCCCACCCCCUCGCAAGUCGUCUGACCUAGACGACGUCCCCUCCCCACCCUCCAUCACCAACUCUCCGCCUUCGUAUCUGCCAACAGUCAGGCCCAGCAGGCCCACCGCAAUUGUGAUCCCACCUCCACCGAUGAUGGCUUCCCCACCCACGAGUCUUCAAAACAGAGAGGACAAUCUUGACAAAUUGCGGGAGGUUUCCUCUCGUCUGUCUUUUAUCACAUCUGCUGUCCUCACCCCGCUGUCCCCUCCCCCACCUCCCCCACCCCAGCUCGCCAACGGUCUGCCCCAGCACAGUCCGACCACCAGUCUGUCACUCCAGUUGGCACCGAGUGUGCCCGGUCCCCCGUCGCCAAGUGAUCUAGCAAGUGUGGUACUGAAACCCAGCCCACAAAACUCCAGGCCAUCCUCAUCAAACUCCUCUAAGGGUGGCAAGCUGAAUGGCUUCGGCACAGAUUUGCUGGCAGAGAUACAAGCAGGGGCUCAGCUCAGGCAGGCACGGCAAAACCAAUCAAGGUUCCUCCGGAUUAACAAGGACCCCCCACCAAGAAGCCCCAGCCCCGUGAAUGACAAGGGUCCCAGGGUGUUCUACGCCGCGGAUUUCCUGGACAGCAUCCCGUUGGUGGAUGAGAGUGGGGCGGAGCUACCAGACUGGAGGAGGCGUUUCCUGGCCAAGAAGGAGGCCGACAGGGCCAACCAGCGGGCGGCAAUGGAGUACAGACAGCAAAAGCAACAAAGAGCCGAGGAGAGGAAGUAUCGAGACAUGCCUCCCUGGAAGGUGGAACUGCUUAAAAAGAAAGAAGCAAAGUACAUGGGUGUUAGCGACACGUCUUGGCAAAACGGCACAACAUCAUGAGAUGAGAGGCCUUCAAGUCUGACAGCAGAUACACCAAAUGGGUGGAAAUAUUGAACCGCUAGAAAUUGCAAGCCCUUGGGUUUGGGUAAAGUUGUAAGCACUUAAGAUUGAUGGAAAUUUCCCGGGCAGUACUUAACCAUAGGAAGCUGUACGUGUAAGUACCUCAGAUCGAUGGAAAUCCCACAGGAAGCAUCAAACCAUAGAAAAUUGGAAGCACUUACGAUUGAUGGAAAUUUCACAGGCUAGGCGGUAUUUAAGCACAGGAAGUUGUAUGUGUAAUUAGUACCUUUAGAUCGAUGAAAAUUCCACAGGAAGCAUAAAAACCAUAGAAAAUUGGAAGCACUUAGGAUUGAUGGAAAUU